CAAGCUGCUGAGUAAACAUGGCGUCAGUCUCACGGUGUCAUGAUGAUGUCGCUCCUGCCUGCUAGCUGGAUGGUUGUUGGGCGCAUCUCUGGAUCCUAAAUGUCAUCGUGGUGGAAAUGAAGACAUGAAGAAAAGACGGAGAGAGUCGCGUGAUUUCAUUGUGUCGAUGCUUGACAUUGCAUGAAAGAUCUGAUGCUGGCCGGAUGCAGGGAUUGGCGUUAGAAUUGCUUUUGUUAGUGGGACGCUGACCCGUGUACAUGUCAAGGAUUAACAUCGAGCAUCCUGUGCUGUGGACUGAAACCCCGAUGCCAAAAUUGAAAAGUGGGACGCACUUUCCACAUCGUAUUGCAUAUUUUUGGCGGACACGUAUGCUAGUGCGUGGACGAUCAGACCACGGUGAUACUUGUGACUUUAUAUUGCGUCUGCCUUCCAGCCGUGCUCCCUGCCUGCUUGUUCACAAUUGAUAGAUGGGCUGCGCGGUGUGAUGUCUCUCAUGCCUCGUUCAAGAAUAGCACUAUGAUAGGUUCACCUGACGUGGUGGCUUUCACAAAAGAGGAUGAUGAUGGUCAGAGCACUUCUGACCCAUGGGCUAUUCCAGAGGAGUUCUCCAUUCCCCUCCAUCCCCUGGCUGACUCCAACCCAUGGGCCAAAACCUCUUAUGCUAAAUUCACAAAGGACUUCAUCCUCAUUUCGGAGUUCUCUGAGCAGGUGGGCCCUCAGCCUCUCCUUAGCAUUCCCGAUGACCCCAAAGUCUGUGGGAGCUUUGAUCUCAACUACUUCUCCCUUCGCAUCAUGUCAGUGGACUACCAGGCAUCAUUCGUGGGGCAUCCGCCUGGCAGCGGAUACCCUCGACUCAGUUUUGUGGAGGACUCAAGGGUCGUACUGGGUGAUUCUAAAGAGGGUGCUUUUGCUUAUGUCCAUCACCUUACACUGUAUGACUUGGAGGCGAGGGGCUUUGUGCGGCCCUUCUGCAUGGCCUACGUUUCAGCAGAUGAGAGGAAGAUCAUGUUGCAGUUUCAGGAGCUGUCCGCGCGCUUCUCAAAGGCCUCAGAGUGCUUGAAGGCUGGAAACCGCAGAGCCUUCGCCAAAGAACUCCAGAGGAAGCUUCGAGACCUAGAAUACACUCACUCUGUUCUGCAGAGGGAGGAGGGCCUGCAGAGGGAGGCGGGGCCUCAGUGCAUGUACUCCGCCCAUGCUGUGGAAAAGGCCAAUGAGCUCGCCAGUGUGGAAAAGAGCAUCUACGAACACCGGGACCUUCUGAAACAGAUCAGCUCAUACCCUCAUCGUCCCCGCCGGGACCCUCAGGCUGUUGCGUGUCAACAGUGCGUGAGCGAGUGUGAAGAGCUCUUUGGCAAGUAUGCCAUGAUAGCCGACCCCUUGAGUUGCACCAAUGGCGGUCAGAAGGGAGGAGACGAUGCUCAGGGACAUAAUGGCCAGGCAGUUAAAGUGGACAUCGGCGAGGACGAAUAUGAGCGGGUUCAGCGCAGGCCGUCCUAUACGCCGCAGCUGAUCAAAGCCAAGUCUGCAAAGUGUUUCGACAAGCGCCUCAAGACCCUCCAAGAGCUGUGCGAUCACACCUUCUACGAGGCCACCGUGGAGUCCUUAAAGGAGACGGAAAGGAGUUUCCGAGGCGACCUGUGCUACCUGCACACACGUCGCCUGGACAGAGUCCUGCGGCGAAAGCAGAGAAUUAUCAACUUUCUGUUUGAGGAGGAACUCUGUGAAGACGACGAUGAUGAUCUUGACGGAAGGGCAACAUUCAGACCGUUUUGUGCUGUGAACCAUGCCGUAGACAACUCCAGACUCUUCAACGGAGUACCUGUCGUACUUGGACCGGAACCUCCGAAGCGUUUCGACCCUGCCUCUGACACGAGCCAUACUCGAGACCUCAUGCUUGAUGACAACAAUCUCAAGUCCUCCUGUAUUGACCGAGAAUUCGAAACCCAGACGUGCUCAGAGAAACCUCAUUUCAAGUGUAGCAACCAGAAAAGUUCAAAGCCAGAGGUUCUGGACGCUGAGUCCGACUCGACCCCAGACUAUGACCGUAAAACUGAUCUGGAUGGUGAGAGCAACAAGGAAUGGGCGAAGGCCGCAACUGAUGAAGAUGGGAGGCCCGAGGCUUUGUCAGAAGAAACUACAAGGAAGGACGGAUGCGAGAAGGAUUCUAAGUUUGUUCCCAUGGAUGCUGCAUGCUGUAUGGCCCAUGAAGGUUUUCUCGAUAAUCCGUCCGAUGCGGUCCCCCAUCUCGCCGUCCACCUGCAGAGUGCUCAAAUCCUCGUGGUCAACCAGGAGCCCCAGGCCCUACUUCCACUCCAAGAAGACUACACGGUGGGAUCCCUAUGCUCAGAGAACCACCGAGCCGGACCGCUGGGAGAUGCGGUGUCUCGUACCUCAGCUGAGGACGGAUCGGAUUGUACCAUGAGUGCAUCUACCGGUUCUGAUUGGAGUGCCUCCCCUCUCGGCAACGGGGGGAUGCUGACCCUGCGUUUGAAGAAGAAGGCCGGGCAAGGGGCCUUGAGGUUCGUGCGGCAGUACCCCUUUGCGAUGCAGGCCCUGUGGUCGUUGCUGAGCGGCAGGACGCUGGUCGUACUCGGGGCUGAUGAGGCAAGAGUGCGUCGGCUGGUUUCUGCGCUGGCCAUCUUUGUUCCUGCUCCAGGAAAAUGUGGCGAGCGAGUCCAACCUUGGCUGUGUUGCCCUUUCACCAUGACUGACCUGCACAGGUGGAAACUUAUUGGAUUGCAAAGAGUGGCAUCUCCCACGGGUUCCAGCAUGCUGUUCUCACUGUCCCGCUACAGUCGCUACAUCUCCAUCUUGGACGCCGAUCAGAAGACCCUGCGUUGUCCGCCUUACCGUGGCGAACUGCUCGCCAACAUGGCGGACCACCGCACCUAUGUCCGCCGCGGCUCCACCUACUACCUUCAUGUCCAGAGCACACUGUGUCGUCUGGCGGCCAAGGCUUUUCUGUUCACCUUCACCCACCACCUUCACCUGCCAGUCAACGCCGCAGAGGGUCCGGAUGGCGUGGAGGCCCGACGCCGCUGCUUCCUGCAGGAGCAGCUGGGGCUGGCAGAGGACGACAGGCAGAUUGUGCUCUACCUCAGCCACUUGAUCACUCAGCACUACCUGCACGCUGCCGACGGCCGCAAUACGGCAGCGCCUUCUUUUAAUUUUAACUACACCACCAGCGUUUUAUACAAAAUCUGAUCUUUUACAGGGAAAGGCCACCCUUUUUUUUUGGUUGUUUUUAAUGGACUAACGAAGAUCCUGAUCUUGAGGAUGAUCAUUUUAAUUUGAGAUCAAACUGCACUGAUUUUAUUUUUCUCUGCAUAGCUAGCUGCCUUGCUGUUUUUUUCCGGUCUUGUGUUCGUAGGAAACGGAGUAACGGAAGGAGUCGGUGAAUGGCUCGCUUGUGAAAGUAUGUUAACUCAAAUAUGCACACGUUCUGUCAUCAUAACACAGCAGAGGAAUGGUCAAUAUUUGCAUAUUACUGUGGUUACAUUGUGGAAUCGGUACCAUGUCAAACACACUAUAUAUAUAUAUAUAU